AUGAAAUUUGAACUAUAUGACAAACAAUUAAAACAAUGGCCAGAAACUGGACGUCAUAUUUUAGGACAAUACGACGAUGAAUCAAUUAUUGUUUAUCAAGCUUAUAACAAUUCUAUAGCUGACUACGCUAUUCAGCAUCAAAAAUUUGGUGGGAAGGAAUUUUCAUGGAAGAGAAUGACAUGGAUUAAAACCAAUUUUACUUGGAUGAUGUAUAGAUCUGGAUGGGCCACCAAAAAGAAUCAAGAAAGAAUUUUGGCAAUAAAAUUAACAAGAAAAGGAUUUGAAGAAAUUUUAGCAGAAGCGGCAUUAACAAGUUUCAGUCAACAUCUAUCAUCUAAUUCACAAUCUAAUACACCAAGUACUUCCCGAUCUAAUAAAUCCUCGAAAUCAAGAUCUAAUAAAUCCUUCAAAUCACGAUCCGAUAAAUCCUCCAAAUCACGAUCCGAUAAAUCCUCCAAAUCACGAUCCGAUAAAUCCUCCAAAUCACGAUCUGAUGAAUCCUCCAAAUCACGAUCCGAUACAUUCUCCACUUUACAACACGAAUGGAAAGAACAAUUAGAAACGUCACAAGUAAGAUUACAAUGGGAUCCAGACCAUGAUCUACAUGGAGAAAAGAUGCAAAGAAGGGCAAUACAACUUGGUAUAAAAAACAAUAUAUUGCAAAAAUAUUCUAAUGAAUGGAUAAUUAGUAUUGAAGAUAUCACAGAAUUUGUUAGAGAACAAUAUGAAUUGAUUAAAUCAAAUAAAUUGGAUGAAGUUAGAACUCCCGAGGAGCGAGAAUAUAAAAUUGGCGACAAUUUAUCAAAAGAAAAAUUAGGUAUGAACUUUGUUGAUUCCAAACCGUUCCAAGAUGAGUCUGAACCCGAACCCGAUUUCUAUAAAAGAAUCCGUAAUUUCAUUAAUUCCAUAUGUAUUAAAAUUAAAGAAGCAUUAUAUAGAGUAACUAAUUUCUUCAGGGAAAAAAUUUUAACUUGGAUUUGA